AGUCUGUAAGACAGCAACUGCUAUUAAAGCUCUGAGGACCACGAGGGUAGUGGUUACAAGUAUCUCUCUAGAUCAGCUACUAUACUGAGGGGAAGAGAAAAAGAAAACUCCUUUGAAUUAUUAAAGAUCGAGCCCUACUUAUCACAAUGCAUUGCCUGAAAAGUCUGAGGAAAACUAACCCGGGAAUCUUGCAGCUAUUUAAAAAUGCAGGGAGCUCUGCCAGAGUUGGAGCUGACAACAUUGUUUUGUCCAGGACGCAGCAACCUGUUCAUCUCCCCUGCUGGGCCGCAGCAUCACCUCACACCCACAGAGCCUUUCAUCACCAGGGCCCUGAUGUGGACCAAGGACACUCAAAAAGUAGGCUAAUGUCCAGUAUGGAGGACCUACUUUUCUAUACCAUCACUGAAGGGAAAGAGAUGAUCCCCCUCUCCCAAUUCAUCUCUGCUUUGAGAAAAACAGGUUUGUUGACGUCUGACCCUCGUCUGCGUGACUGUGUCCAUCAGUUGCGAAAAUCCACACGUGACUCUGUCGGGCCUGUCAUGAUGGACAAAACACUAUUCAGAAGGUGCGCUGGAAACAACAUCAUGCUGCUAACUAAAGCUUUCAAAAAAAAGUUCAUCAUCCCGGACUUUGCUGAAUUUACCGAGCAGAUCAAUAAGAUGUACGACAGUGCGCAACAGCAGGAAGCAGGACAAGUAGCUGAUUACAUUCCCCAGCUGGCUAAGUUCAGCCCUGAUCUCUGGGGUGUAUCUCUGUGCACAAUCGAUGGACAGAGACACUCUGUUGGUGACACAAAGGUUCCCUUCUGUCUGCAGUCGUGUGUGAAGCCUCUGGAGUACGCUGUCGCUGUGCACAACCUCGGCAGCGAGCAUGUUCACCACUUUGUGGGCAAAGAACCCAGUGGAUUCAGGUUUAACAAGCUGUCAUUAAAUGAGGAAGAUAAACCACACAAUCCAAUGGUGAAUGCCGGCGCCAUCGUCAUCAGUUCUUUAAUUAAGCCUCAAUCAAAUACAGCAGAAAGGUUUGACUAUGUGAUGGAGUUCUUGAAAAGCAUGGCUGGUACUGAAUAUGUGGGCUUCAGCAAUGCAACUUUCCAGUCAGAGAGGGAGACCGGCGAUAGGAAUUAUGCAAUUGGUUAUUACCUCAAAGAGAAAAAAUGCUUUCCUGAUAAUGCAGAUAUGACAGCAGCCCUUGACUUUUACUUUCAGUUGUGCUCCAUCGAGGUGAACUGUGAGUCCGGAAGUGUCAUGGCUGCCACACUGGCCAACGGAGGUAUUUGUCCAAUCACAGGCGAGCGUGUGCUGAGUGCUGAAGCCGUUCGUAACACCCUGAGUCUCAUGCAUUCCUGUGGCAUGUACGACUUCUCAGGACAGUUUGCCUUCCAUGUCGGCUUGCCUGCUAAAUCAGGCGUUGCGGGUGCUGUACUGCUGGUCGUCCCCAACGUCAUGGGUAUGAUGUGUUGGUCGCCACCUUUAGAUCGGCUUGGAAACAGUGUUCGUGGCAUUCAUUUCUGUCAGGACCUGGUGUCUCACUUUAACUUCCACAAUUAUGACAACCUGAGACACUUCACUAAGAAGUAUGACCCCAGAAGAAGAUCAGAUGAGGAUCCAAACAAGUCAGUGGUGAACCUAAUGUUUGCAGCCUACAGUGGUGACGUCUCUGCUCUAAGGAGGUUUGCCCUUUCAGCUGUGAACAUGGAGCAGAGAGACUACGACUCUCGCACAGCGCUGCACAUCGCUGCUUCAGAAGGUCAUGCGGAAGCUGUUAUCUUCCUGACUGAAAUAUGUAAAGUGAAUCCUCACAUGAAAGACAGAUGGGGCAACACACCUGUAGAUGACGCCAUGCAGUUUGGCCAUGAUGUUAUUGUUUCAGUCCUGCAAGAGUACCAGAGCGUGUACACUGACAGCGACACACCAGGAGACACAGAGGACCAGAAGACCACACUGGAUACAGUGAAGAGCAUCGUUUAAACCACAGGGGAUCAUGAGGGUUUGUAAUUAAAAUGAACUUUUUUACGCACCUGAGAGGAUGGAAAGGACACAGGGUGAUUGAGAGGCACGAUAUGUUAAUAGAUGUUCUAUAAUAAUGUGGGGGGUCAUCCUGUAAGUUGUUGAAAAGCUAUACAGUGCGGGAUUAAAUUAUUUCCUUUCCUUUCUUAAAUCCUUUAAAGAAAUGUCUGCAGGAGUGGAGGAACUGUUCAACAACGUUAAGUAUUAACAAAGCCCUAUUGAACAGGCAAUGUGCUGCUUGGGUGGAUAAAAAAAUUAGAUUCAUUUAAGCUGUGAUGUGGCUUGUGUUGCAUUGUUAAUUAACUGUUUUUGUGCGUAGCCUCUAAUAGAAAAUGCCACUGGAGAUGUAAAUAUCUAAUAUAUUGUGCUUAUUUAUUUUUAAAAUAUUGAAAUAUAUUUUGCUUCAUCAGUACAUCAUGUAAUCAGGGGACCUUAUACCCCGCCCUGUGUAAAUAUUUGCAAAGUUGCUUCAAUCAUUAUUCUGCCUCAACAGGUGAUUCAGUGGCAUUUGUGCCUGUAACACUGGAAGGAUUUGUAGUUUAUGCCAGUUCAUCAAGGCGCAAAGGUCAGUUUAUUCACUGCUGAUACCUCGUGUUUAUGUGGUUAUAUUAUUUUUGGAGGAAUUAAUCUUGCUUCAUCAUUGAGAAAUGUUUGUUAGUAUUCAGUGUACUAAUAAACUCAGCCACCAUUUUUAUAAUGGUUGAACUGUGCUAAGUGCACAACUAUGGGUACACUCAGGAUCUGAUGCUGCAGUGAAAACACAGGUUCUUCAUUUGAGUGGGGGUAGUGUGUUCUUGCUGUGGGACGCAGGGCUGUCCGCCAAGAAAAUACAGCGACUUGCAGCAGAGAAGCUGAUCCAACUUUACCCUGCAGCUGCCAAUCAGACUUUGAGAUCGGGCAAAUCCUCCAUAGACAGCCUGAAAUGUCUCUGAAACUGAGACUAUCCAGGUGGAUUCAUGGACUAAACCGAUACUCCACCUGUAAAUCUGUGUCUGACUGGCCAUUUACGCUGCCAAAUAGUGACACAAAUAAGUUUGAAAGUGAGAAAGUGAGCAUUGGUCUAGAGACAUAGACAGUGAAUGAGACUGAGUGAGCGCUGGCAUUGAUAAGGCUGGUUAAUGAGCGAAAUAAAAGGUUAUUUUCUGA